AUGGAGUUCAAACUCGAUGAGGCAAGAUUGGCUCGCCUGAAUGAGGCCGAGAAAAGGCUCUUCAUCUACGAGUGGCUCUGCUUAGUGCAGAAAAAUCUUCACUCUGCUGACAAGAUGACCAUCAAGAGCCAACAGAAGCCCCUCGUCGAUCAGCUGUUAAGUCUGCUGUCAUCUUCUUCGGGACCUCCGAUCCGACAGCUGAUCGGAGGCUGCUUAGCGACUCUGUUUGCUAAAGGCGAUACCUUUCUGCUCUUCGAAUGCGUCAACAAAUGUAACGAUCUGUUGAAACAUGAAGCUAAAGGCAGUCGGUUGAGCGCCAUCACCGCGCUGGGUUGCAUGUAUGAGAGACUCGGUCGAAUGAUGGGCCGCAGCUAUGAAGAAACAGUUCAAAUUCUUCUGAAACUUCACAAGAGCGGAGAUCUACAGACAAGGCUCGAAAUCAUGACUUGUCUGUACAAAAUUCUGUUCGGCGUAGGAAAUGCUGCAACGCAGUAUCACCGAGAUAUUUCAAAGAGUAUGAAGGCUUGUCUAGCGGAGAGGACUCUCGCUAUCCGGGAAACCGCCUCAAGCACGUUGUCGCAAAUCCCCAGCCUGGAACUCGACGUUCUGCUCACCUUGUCGAUACGCGCGCUAGAAGGAGCAGAUUAUCGGACGCGUCUGGCCGUCUCUCAUCUCCUGGCAACGGUUUUCAGCAACGCAGUAAAAGCAAAGCAAAAAACCCUGGAAGAAUGUCUACAACUCCUUUCGACAGCUUUCAUCCGAGGAAAUCUAGGAGGUCUCUUCAAGGGUACCGAAGGAGUCAAGGCCGGUAUCCGGGAGACGCGUGCCGGUAUCGCACAUGCGUAUGUCUAUUUCUUGGACAAAAUGGGCGGACUUUUCGUCGAACGACACUUCAAGCACAUCGUGACGCAUCUCAUCGAAACUGUCGCGAAUCCGAAAACGGCUCAAUCGCAUCUCGACGGGGUAUUCAGCCGAAGUUGUGUUCUGUUCAUUCUGAGAUCCGUUUUCUGCAGUUUGCUGAGCGAUAAAGCUCAACGAUCAGCCUGCCGUGAGCUUGGACACAUUCUUCUCAAGCAGCUCAAUCAGAAAAGUGGACCCAAUUCGUUGAUCUGCAUUUUCGAAGUUGUUUCAAUGAUUGUUGUAAAUCUGGAGUCUACCGUCAAUUCGGUGGUUCAAGACAGCUCUGUUGGAUUAGUUGAGAUCACGUUCAGCGCUCUUACAAAUUCGAACGCUACCGUGAGGAUUUACGCGGCGUAUCUGCUCAGGUGGAUCACCCAAGCUCAACCCGCGCUUUUAUCGCCCAUUAUGCAGCGUUGCAUCGAUCAAUUUGAAGUUAUGAAAUCGUCAGCCCCCUGCAUUUCUGGAUAUUCAUGCGCCAUCGCUGCAAUGCUCAGCUCGAGUGACGUUACUCUAUCGCAGCUGACCAACCUACGGAAGUACAAAUUGAUGUUUUCCAUAUCCGAAGAGAUGCUCCGCAGUGCGAAGGAUGAUCCGAGCAUUGCUUUAUUGAGAGCUCAAAAAGGUUGGCUCAUCAUGGGAUCGAUCAUGGGACUGGGGCCGUCCACGGUGCGCAGUCUGCUACCGCGUCUGCUGCUCCUAUGGAAGAGUUCUUUCCCCCGAACCCACAAGGAUUUCGCUAUGGAGAAAAGUCGAGGCGACUCGAUGACCUGGGAAUGCGUUCUGGAAAACCGGGCGGGAGCUCUGGCCGCGAUGUCGGGCUUCCUAAGUCACUGCCGAGAGAUCGCCAACGAAGACAUCCAACGGAGGCUUCUCUCACCGAUCGAAAGCGCACUUUUCAUGGUUUCAAAUCUAGCCGAUGUCAUAAAGCAAUACGGUCAGCAGUUGAAAGCGGCGGCCGCCAUGGUCCGCUUCCGUCUGUAUCAGGUGCUGCUCCAAAUUCCCGCGGUGAUGUACGAGGCUAGCUACAACAUGCUCCUGAAGCUCCUCGUCACCGACAUAACGCUAGCGGAUCAUUCGCAAUCGACUACAACCACGUCCCGCCUGCACAUCAAAUACAUGACGAACAAAUUUUACGUGAAAGAAGAACACAAAAUGAUCGAGGAAGCUCUUUACGCGGACGGCGCCCUGGAGCACGACCUCACCGACCUCUAUCGCAAAUGCGACCACAACCUUCGGACGAAACCCCUACCUCUGGGCGUGAGCCUCAUCGACGCCGCCGUCGACCUGUUCGGCUACGUGUUCCCGCACGUUCAAGACAAACACCGUCAGCAGGUGGUCGUGCACUUUACUGACUGUAUAAGACACAACUCGAAGCGGGCGGACUCGAUCUACACGAAUGUUUUGUCCAGUCUUUUCGUUUCGAUCAAGUCGCUCGUGAAGAGCCAGGCGAACCUCUCGAACAUCGACGUGGCUCGGAGUGUCGUCGACUUCAGUCUAGCGGCACUCAGCAGUCACAGCGAGCUGGUCCGCCACGCGGCCGCGGAGGUCAUCGGAUACACAGCCGUGGCGGCGAGUAGUCGUCAGUUGGUCAACGAUACGUGGAGCAAGGUGAUGGACGUGCUGGACACUGUCAACGAUCCGAUUGUCAAGAGCGGGCACACUCUUGCUCUGGGGUAUCUCCAUCGAUACACUGCUGGUUACAUGUCGGAUUCGCAGCAUUUCGCUGCUAGCUUGAAAAUUUUACUCUCCAUGGCUCAGGACAACACGUCCCCCCUGUCACAGUCCGGAGCUCUUUUCGGCCUAAAUUCGCUCGCGUACUCCGGUAGCUCAUUCAGACCUCAUGUCGAUGUAGCGCUCUCGGUUGUCCUCCAGACCAUGCUCAGCGCUCCCCGUGCCAAUAUCGAAGUCCACCAGAACCUCGGGCGCUGUCUCCAAACCUUCAUAGGCACGCUCGGUCCUGAACUUCAAGUGCUGCCAAGCUCAACGAGGAACCUCAGAAUCGGCUGCCGGAUGCUGCAAAAUCAUUCAGACCCUGUUGUGAAAUCCGGUGCCCUCGGGGCCUUACAACAGCUGCAGUUGUUUGCCCCGAAAGAUAUAAAUAUUGCUCCGAUUUUGUCGUUUUUAUGUAGUUCACUCGAAAGCGAGCAUGUCACUCUUCGUCACGCUGCGAUUGCCUGUUUGCGACAGUUCUUGCAGAGGGAUCCUAUGGAAAUAUUCUACCACAUCGCUGAGAAUCCUCCUUUACAGGAUGCGAAUGUUAUCGGCCAGGUAGAUGACGAUGCACGAGGACUGCCGUGGGAACGUGGUCUGAUUCUGGUCAUAUUCAGCGUCAUGGACGUGGAGACUGAAAAGCGCGCCCUAUCCCAGCUGAAAGACAUUCUGAUUUCGCUCUUGUCAUUAUCCUGUCUCUCGGAUUGGCUGUCCAUUUGCAAACAGGUUCUCGCUGACACGUCGACAGACGGUGACGAAGAAGACAAAUUGCUAGCGGGAAACGACGAUGGUGAGUCCGAAGACGCUGAACAACAGUUCCAGCACACCCAGGAGCCCGAAACCCAUCCCUGGGUUGGUCCUCGGUGGCGAACGAAAGCCUUCGCCCUGGAGUGCGUAAUCCGCCUCGUCCAGCUCUGUGAUGAGGACCGAACCCACUUCGACGUGGUCAUGGCGCGGCAAGCUCAAACAGCUUCGGUCGGACAAAAGCAGAAGUCGUUUUUGAUUCUCCAUUUGUCCGAGCUCAUCCGAAUGGCGUUCAUGGCUUGCACGUCCGACUCCGUUCAGCUCACAGUGUCAGGUCUCAAGCUCCUUCAGAUGAUUAUCGACCGAUUCGCUGACGUACCUGAACCAGAGUUCGAAGGUCACAUGAUCCUAGAACAAUUCCAAGCACAGGUGGAUGCAGCUCUGCGUCCAGCUUUCUCGGCCGGAGACACUCCGUCCGAGGUGAUCGCUCUGGCGUGCCAUGUUUGUUCUACAUGGAUAUGCUCAGCGGUCUCCGACAACCUCCUUGCCGUCCAGAGGGUUCACACAUUGUUGGCAAACUCGCUCCACAAAGUUAUGGCGCAACCGUCGGCCAAGGGCGAGAUCAGUUCACUAGAAAUCAUCUCGGUGCUCAAAGCCUGGGCAGAAGUUUAUAUUAGAGGCAUCACGAUCAACCCGAACCUAUUAACGCUGAUCGAGGCCGACAUUCAUCAUUUAUCACAGUAUUGGCUCGCCUUCAUGAAGGACUACGCCAUGUUGGGUCUUCCAAGCUCUUUAGCGAGUCAACUCCCGCAUGACGGGGGCGCUUUCUUCACUCACGAAGUCGCGGAACACUGUAAAUUAUACUACAAGGAUUCGUGGCCGCCGGUCCUACAUGCUGUCACGCUAUGGCUCUGCAAAGAGAACGGUUUCGAUAUUGUUCGGGACUGCACCGAAGAAGGCAACGCCCAGUUGCCUCAGAGCUUCUCGCUGCCGAAGUCUCACGAAGCGACCGGGAAACGUUGGUUCUGUCUUCUGUACGCGAUCUGCUCCGAGGCGUUGUACAAUCGCAGUGAGCACACAAUGUUCGCUCUGAGUAGUCUCGAUCUCUUGGUGAGUCACGAGUACUCGGAUCUGUACAUCGAGCGUGACAGUUUCGUCGAGCUGAUCAGUAUUCUACACCGGACGUUGAUCACCGAAAGCCAGACGGUCUGUCGCGACGUCGUACUCGACAUCGCUCACAAAGUUGCUCUCAAAUUGAAUCGCAAUCCGAACGAAGACAACUCUAGUCCAGCCUAUAGUCUAUUGAAUCUCAGUUUAUGCACCGCUGUGAUUCACUGUCCCAGCCUGAGCGAGAAAUUGGCACGUGUCGUUCCGAAGCUCGACCCCGGCUCCAGCUCGGAUGUCUCGGACCUCGAGAACGCAGUGGCUCUCGCAAACCUCGUUCCUAGUCUCCUCAAUCCAGAACUGGCGAUUGAGGUUCUCCCUUCGAUUCUUCACAUCAACCUCAGACUGCUGCUCGAAGGCUGUGCGGGCAGCAAGGUUCUACAAAGCCUCAGGUUCCUGUGCUCGAUGAGUCGCUUCGAAGAGAACGACGACGCCGACGGUGGUCUGCAGGAACGCUACGUGAAGGUCCUGACGGCGGCCUUGCAUUCUCUGCUGGUCAGCUGUAGCGACGACGCGAUAUUCACGCACAGCUCUAAAGGCGCCUCCUCGAUCCUCCUGGCGGUCGCCAUAUUCAUCUGCACGGCGCCGUCAUCCGUCACCAACGUAGCGAGCAUACAUGAGAAAAUCCUCGAUCUGUAUGAACGUGCACUGGAUUCCGAUAAUCCAAUCGUGGUGAAAACCGGCGUGAGCUGCGUGAGGAACAUCUUCGGCCACACGAGACGCAACGUGUUCAUCCAACGCUGGUCGGAAAAAGUAUACGGGAUCCUGCUCGAAUCGCAAGACGCCAAUAUCUGCAUGGAGUGCAUCAGCUGCCUGCAGACCCUGCUCGAGAUCACCCCCGAGGAGCACCGCUUGCCGGUCCUCAAAAUAAUCGUCACCAUGUUACUGAGCCUCGCGAUGAAGAAAACUCUCUCAGAUCAAAUAGUCAUCGAAAUUCUCACGAAUAAGUUAUCUCAGCACAGCGGAGAUCUCAAGAAAAUCCUCGCCGAGAGUCCAGCUCUGAAAAUUCAGCUCGAGAAAAUCAUCAAGUCGCGGCAGAUGCUGGCACAGGCUCGCAAUAAUGCUCCGGAGCCCGUCAUCACCUCGAAGCAACCCACUAUACAAUUAAAGAGCGAUUUUAGAAAUUUCAUAAAAUAAAGUUGACGUCACGGCCGAUCAUCCGGCCUAGCAUGGAAUCAAUCAACGAUAAAUCGCGCGAGAUUCU